GUGACCGCCGUCAGCCCGGGCCCGCCGGGUUUCAGGCUCGGGAAGCCCCGGCUGGCUUUAGAGAAGGAACCACUGCUGCUUUCCGGCAGGACACAGGACCACCCCGCUUCCCCUUCUGACCCAUGGAGGCGGCUUACCGAGCGCCAGCAGCCUCUACCUGCUCCGCCUCUCCUUUCCCUUGCCCUCGGAGGGAGCAGCGGUUGCUACAGCUUGCUCGUAGUCGCGGUACCAAACCAAGACUCCUGCAGAAACGCCCGGAAGGUCUCGGCUCUAAUAGAUGACGGCUCAAAUAGAGAAAGAGGCUGGGGUCAAGCGGAGGUAGCUUUCCUAGUGCCUUUGAGAAUCUGUGUCAUCACCUUGGCAGAAGCCCAUCCUCUUCUUCAAAAUGGAAAAACAAUCACAAGCAUUAAUUACCAAAUCAGUGCCAACUGUAGCAGGCUCCAGAAUAAAGUCUCUGGGAAGUCAAAAAGGGGAGCUCAGUUUUUAACAGAACUUGCCCCUCUGUGCAGGAUAUCGUCAUCAGAUGGAGAGGAAUACACCAUUUAUAGUUGUAUACGAGGGCGCCUGAUAGAAGUGAAUGAAAACAUUCUUAGCAAUCCAGCUAUUCUGCAAGAAAAGCCGUCAACUGAGGGGUACAUUGCAGUGGUUCUACCCAAAUUUGAAGAAAGCAAGAGUGUAACUCAAGGACUUCUGACGCAGAAGGAGUAUGAGGAAGUUCUGUCAAAACGUCUUAAUUCUUCUUCAUGA